AUGGCCUCUGAGCAGAGGUCCCGUAACUACGGCUGGUGCGUCGGGUUCAGUGAGCUCCUCGAGAGCACCAUGGAGCGGAGGCUGGGGGAGCUGUGGCAACGCCUCUUGGAUUGCGUGCGUAGCGAAGAUGCCCUUGCAGAUGCUGUACGGGGGCCAAGAACAGACUGGAAUCCUUACAGACCGGCGCGUGGCGAGCAUCUCCUCCAGGGCGUUUUGAACAGUGAGGUGUAUGAGUGGCGGUCAUGCAUUGCGGUAAAUUCAUUGCAUGUGUCAGGGUUGGCGCUUCCUGUAGGUGAAGCAUCAGUAAGCCUUUCAAACGCGUUGGGUGCCGGGAAACCCUUGUUUUUCGGGGUGAAGGAGGCCGGAGACACGACGAGUGGAUUGACCAGUGAUCGAACGGGUGCUCACUGUACAGAGCACGUCGAUGUAUCGAGUGACAAUAGCAGUGAAGCAACAGAUGUAAUGAUCACUGAUAGCAACACGGGGGAUGCUUGCGAUGCGGCGACCCAGCAGGUUGUAGAGGCCUUCUUUGACAUGCUGUGGCGAACAGUGGCGGUGCCAUGGAUUAUGGAGCAGUAUGCUGGACCGGAAUCGUGUCAGCUGAAUACGAAGGAACCUGAGGUGCAUGGCAGACCACCGGCGGCGCUACGUCUGUGCUACGCUGAUCACGGGUCGUGUUUCUCUAUUGAGUCGGGAUCACCACGAGGCCGCGUGGUGAACCGGCGGCGGCCAACGACUGGACCAGCGCUACGCCGUGGCAGAACGGUGGGGCGUGUGGUGCCACUGCCGCUAGCGGGGACAAAGUCGCACUCCCGUGAGGUGCAUUCACCGAACGCAGCGCCGCGGCAGCGUGUGGUGCCUACGCGGCUGGAGAACGUCACAACGUCGAAGCAGCAGCAGCAGCAGCGCUUGGUUGAGGCAAAGCAGGUGGUGUAUGAUCCUAGCGAGGUCUCCAGCCCCUCCAAGCAGAGGCGCAUUAGCUCAUUUAAAGUGGCGACGCUGGUGCCAUCCCUUUCUACCAAGGCGGAGACGAGGCACUCUAUGUUAGGGACGCUCACUGUGGAGAGGGUUUCGCUUCAGGGCAGGGAUAAGUCUCCUUCUAACGCUUUGGGUCUUCGAGACGCCUCACCUCUUAUAACUAGACUUGCUUCAAAAUCUAGACAGCGUGCCGUUUCCAUCGAGGAAGUGGACGGGAGUGUUGAGGAAAUGCGUGGUCCGUCUUUUAAUCCUGCACACAAGUUGGCUCCCCUGCCCACUAGAGCGAAGGAGCAAGUAAAGCCGGCACCACGGCAACGGCACAAGAGAGGCUUGACACACUAA